UCGGUUGUUGUAGUAACGGGGAAGCGGCGGGAGGGGCCGCGGCGGGAGGGGCCGCCCGGUGCGCCCGCUCCUGCCAUGCGGGAGCAGGUAACUGCUCUUGCGAGAUCCCUUGAAUCUACCCGAAAGAGUCUCAGAGGCUACUGAGACUAGGCUGUAUGAAAACUCCUAAGGGAAAUGCCAGUUGGGAUGGCUCGAGACCUGGAGGAAACUGGCUCAUCCUCAGAGGAGGAGGAGGAAGAUGUAGAUGAGCUGGAGGAUCAUCCAUGUAUCAAGUGGACUGGUGGUGGCUGCAGACGGAUCCCAGUCUUGGUGUUUCAUGCUGAAGCCAUUCUGACCAACGACAGCUACCUCCGCUUAAUUGGAGAACGAUACCGCAUGUCCUAUAAGAUCGUGCGAACAGACAGCCGUCUGGUUCGGAACAUUCUGGCUGCCCAUGGAUUCCAUGAGGUGCACCCUAGUAGCAGCAAUUAUAAUCUCAUGUGGACAGGAUCACACUUGAAACCCUACUUGCUGCGUUCCCUUACAGAUAUUCAGAAAGUCAAUCAUUUCCCUAGGUCGUAUGAACUGACGCGAAAGGACAGACUAUACAAGAAUGUCAGUCGUAUGCAGCUGGCCCAUGGAUUCAAGACAUUCCAUAUCUUACCUCAGACCUUCAUCCUCCCCACAGAGUACCAGGACUUCUGCAAUACCUAUUCUAGGGACAGAGGCCCAUGGAUAGUGAAACCUGUGGCAUCUUCCAGGGGUCGAGGUGUCUACCUGAUAAACAAUCCAGACCAGAUUGUCCUGGAAGACAACAUCCUGGUUUCUCGUUACAUCACCAACCCUCUGCUCAUAGAUGAUUUCAAAUUUGAUGUGCGCCUCUAUGUUCUCGUUACAUCCUAUGAUCCACUUGUCAUCUAUCUCUACGAGGAAGGAUUGGCCAGGUUUGCAACAGUGAGGUAUGACCAGGCAUCCAAGAACAUUAAAAACCAGUUCAUGCAUCUGACCAACUACAGUGUCAACAAGAAGAGUGGAGAUUAUGUCAGCUGUGAUGAUCCUGAAGUAGAGGAUUAUGGAAACAAGUGGAGCAUGAGUGCAAUGCUGAGGUACUUAAAACAAGAGGGGAGAGACACUGCAGCACUGAUGGCCAGCGUGGAGGACCUGAUUAUCAAGACUGUAGUUUCUGCUGAGCUGGCCAUUGCCACAGCUUGUAAAACUUUCCUUUCACAUCGUGGCAGCUGCUUUGAGCUGUAUGGAUUUGAUGUCCUUAUUGAUGACACUCUCAAGCCCUGGCUGUUGGAAGUGAACCUGUCCCCAUCAUUGGCCUGUGAUGCUCCUUUGGACCUGAAGAUCAAAGCUAGCAUGCUCUCAGAUAUGUUCACUCUUGUAGGCUUUGUGUGCCAGGAUCCAGGCCAGCAGUCAAGCCGAGCCACUUCUCGUUCAUCUGAUUCUGUCAGGAGAAAUCCAUACCAGAAGCUGCAGCGUCCUGUUUCUGCACAGACUCUAACAGCAAACACCAGAUUGCGUACCCGUCCUCUGUCUGCCAGUGAUGCUGAAAUUAAAAACCCAAUGCCCUCAGGCAGGGAAAAAGCAACAGGAAGGCAAGGCAGCUCUAUGCUAGGUCUCUCCAUGGAGGAGAUAAAAGUUCUUCGUCGAGUGAGAGAGGAGUAUGAACGGAGAGGAGGCUUCAUUCGGAUAUUCCCUACCCCAUUAACAUGGGACCUUUAUGGAUCCUUUUUAGAACACAAGACAUCAAUGAACUACAUGCUGGCUACACGUCUGUUUCAGGACAGGGGCAAGAUGAAAAGAGACUUCAGUGCUGGCAGAUCCCGAGCAGGUCUUAAAGAAAGGCUGGAUAUGAGGCUGGAAACUAUAGGCUCUCAUGCUGUCUUUUAUGAGAGAAAGCUUCUUUCACUGGAGCUGCGGAAGCGCCGGCGAUGUCAUGGCAAGGCUAGAGCAACACGAACAAGAUCAUCAGGGACAUCAGAACCAACAAAGCUGUCCCUCAAGUCAGACACAGAAGGUGAGGAGGAAGAAGAGGUGGAUGCUGAUGAGGAUGAAGAGCUUGAUAGAACCAUUGGCUCUCUUUUGGAUACCCAGGAGAAAAGCAAGCCAAAGGGCUCUACCUUGGUAAAAACUACUAGUAAGGAGAAGUUGCCAAAAGAACUUGACAAGGAAACUGGAGACGGAGGAGAACCAAUUAGUCAAAAACCAGACUCAGAAUCUCAGUUUAACUUGCUGCAGGUUCUUCAAAAGCAUGGAAACCUAAGCAAAGUGCAAGCUCGCAGGGCUUUCUCUGCCUAUCUACAGCAUGUUCAGUUGAGACUGUCGAAGGAGGCUGGUGAACAGAUCCAGAAUCCUGCCUGGGCUGCCAAAGAGGAUGAGCAAAUGGAGCUUGUUGUACGCUUUCUGAGGCGAGCUGCCAGCAAUCUUCAUCAGUCCUUGAGGAUGCUGCUCCCCAGACGUCACUUAGGACUAAAAGACCGUCGUCGUAUCCUAGCUCAGCAGUUGGGCGAGUUCAUAAUCUGUUAUAACAAGGAAACAGAGCAGAUGGUUCAGAAGCAAUCAAAAAACAAACAGGAAGAGGAGGAGAAGGGAGUGAAUCCUGAAGGUUUUCAGAACUUUAUUACCAGAGCAAGUGAAAGUGACCUGGAGGAAGUGCUGACAUUUUACACGCACAAAAACAAGUCAGCAAGUGUCUUCCUAGGAACAAACUCUGCAGGCACAAAACCCAGCAACGCCAGUACCCAGUCAGAGAAACAGCCUCAAGGAGAGCACCCUGAGGUGGUGAAAAAACCAAAAGGUGGUCAGCCCAAAAGUUCAGCUGCAGAUCUGCUUGCAGAAGGAGAAUUAAAAGGCUAUAAAUCGAAAGAAGCUAAAUCAACCUUUCCAGAAGAACCUGCCUCCUUAAAUACUGAAGUGAAGUUACCUCGGUGUCACCCUCCUAGUGCUGCUUCCUGUGUUUCUGGUGCCACAUCCCAGAGAAGUACCAGUUCCUGGAUACCAUCUCAGCCUGCAGCCUCUGAAAAUUCAUCGGUGCCUGGUCACCAUUCAUUGCCACCUCCUCUAGUUGGUCCCAGGCUGAUUCAGUCCCCAUCCCCAGUACCCUCCUCGCAGAGCACAGCUCCUGACAGCUCUUCUGUCCUUACAAACCCAGAAACCAGUGAGGCAUCUAGUCUUGCAGUGUCACAUCGUUGUAAUUCUGGUAGCUACACCAUUGGCCCAUUCUCAUCUUUUCAGAGAGCUGCUCAGAUCUACAGCCAAAGAUUGUCCCGAUCAUCAUCUGCAAAAGUAGGUUUGUGCCAUCACAGUCCAAGUGGGCAGCGUAUGGGAUCGGCCCGGAUGCACAAAGAUGUAGAAGAUACUUCUUCCCAGGGCAAACAUUAUAGCCCCGGUACGGUAGCAGCAGAACUGGAGCAGCUGGCAGAAAAGCAAGCAGCCUGUCAGUAUUCCCCACCAAGCCACAUCAGUCUCUUUACGCAGCAGUUAACAAACCUGAACUUGGCAAGUGGAGCUAAAAGCAAGCAGAAUGCAGCAACCCCACAGAGCUGCCGGUCAGCACUCAACAAAGGAAGGUCAUUGUGGGCUGUUCAGUCAGACACUCGUAUAGCUGAAAAAAGAUCAGUCUCCUUAGCAGUCAGUUUUGUUCUCAAGAGAUGUGCCUACCAUGACAGAAGAAAACCAGAAGAAUGUCAGUACAAGUCACGUUUUGUGUUGAUCCACUUGAUCCUUGCUGUGGUUGUACAGUGGAACCUCUGCAGUGAGGAAUACUUCUUGCAUUUCUUUAAGUGGGCUCCAGAGAAUCAUCAUUUUGCCUGGGAAGGAGAGUUGGAGAACAGUGUCUACAACAAGUUGACAAAGAGACCGCUGGCACAUCCCAACUAUCAGCUCCAUUUUGCUGUGCAGCAGCUUCAGCAGCAGAAACGUCAGUCACCACAGCUGUUGGAGCAAAGCCAAGCCCGACACCAGGCUCUCUUUGCCAACUACUCAGAAUCCAGCACCAGCCAUAUAUCCAUGCCAGCUGGCUCUGAUGCCCACAAGACGUCAAGUGCCACUUCUAGUAUCCAGAAGGCAACCAGUUUGCACAAAGUGGUGCCAUCCCAGAGUAUGCCUUCUCAGCUGGUUCCAAAGCCUCCAGCAAACCACAGGCAGGCAGUAGUCAGAAAGGCUGCAGCCCAGAGGAUUUCCAAGAAAAGACCAGAGAUGCAUCGAGAGAGGAGAGUGAAUGGAAAGAAGCCUCUGUGUCAAAGGAAUAUAGAUUAGAGAAGAAAAAGAUGUCUUGCAUGCUCCAGCCUGUUCUUUACAGUCCCUGGUUAUUCUGCGCAAAGUAUUCUCAGACACUGUGUGUAGUCUGCUUUCAAAAAAUUCCAGUGGCAGAAACCCCACCAUGUGCUAUAGUAAACUAUUUAAGAAUCUAGACAUUAUUAUCAAAGUUUCUUCUGAUGUGCAAUCUGAAUUUUUCCUUUGUUUCAUCGUGUUAUACCUUGUUCCUCCCUCCUGAACCACCCUAAACACUUUCCCUUGCAAAUACUUUCCAUCUUUUGAAUAUCCUUCUACUUCUUGGAGUUUCCUAAUGUUGCUUAGACUUGUUGAGGUUUUGUUAACCUCAGAUAGUAGUUCCGCCUGCCAAGUCCUUAAUUGUCUUGAAUUUAUUUUCUUCAGUUUGUCAGAGUGCUUGCAUUGUGGCACGCAGAAUUGUACUUUUCCAGUGUGGGACUACCAUCUCCUUAGGUUAUGACAUGACAAAUACCCAUCUCCAUAACAUCUGAUUUUGACUUUUUGGCUGCAUCAUUUCUCUGUCAGGUCAUUUUUUAUUUGCUUCCCAUUCUCCCUCUCUAAUACUUGUUGGCUGUUUUCCUCAUCUCUUUCCCCAAAAAGAUCCCAGUGCUAUAUAUUAUUUCCACAAGACUCACUGAAACUAAUCCCAUUCUGUUGUUAAAGCUCUUGUGUCUCUUCUUUUUUUUUUUUUCCCAUAUAUUUCCGUAAGCCAGACCUUUUUUUCUCUAUCUGCUUUUUUGCACUGCCUGGCUUUUAACAUCUUAAUAAAGAUCAUCUUUUUAAAGUUGUUUGUAGAAUUUCUCCGGAGAAUGGAUGGUGAAGACCAACUAAAAUCAGCUUUGUCUCUUUGACCUAUCUCUUCUUUCAUGCGUUACCUGUUCUCUCCCAACUGGUACAUGUGGCUUCCAGAAGAAGAAGAAAAGAAUAAGAAGUAGAAAACUCAACUACAAAUAGAAUGAGAUGCUAAAGAUUAACUUUACUGACUAAUUAAAAACUAUCUAGUAACUUGGACACUUCCCUGGUUAAAACAUAAAGAAAAAAAGUAAUGCAACGGCCAGACAAUUCAGCCUUGUCUUUUCAGGUCUUGUUUUGUCAGUCUCUUAAAUUAUAAAAGGUGGUAGGUUGACUUUACCUGGGUUAUGUCCAAAGUGGACUUGUUGUUUGAACUACCAGAGUGGAAAACUGUGGUCCAAAUUAGUUUGUGGAAAAAGACUGACUGGGAGAAAUGGUUUAAUAUGUAGUGCCAACACUGAAAUGUAGCCCCAUAAAAUGGUCUCAUGGAGUUCCAUAGCUUUCAUUAUUAAAUGUGCUGGUAUUGCAAGUAAAAAGAUGUUUUUUGAAUGGCUAACACAACAAGCUCUUCUUUCUUCCCAAGAGUCAGACUGGGUCCUUUCUGCUCAUGUUGCCACUACUAUUUGCAGGUCUGUUAACCAUGAAGAGACCUGCUAAUAGGCAACAGCAAUGUUUUGAGACAGAGAUCACAGAUACAGUGUCUGUGGAAUGAAGUCCCUGGAAACAGCAUUUGGUGGAUCAAACCUUCAGAUGCCAGCAUGCAAAGUAGAAAAAUACAUUAGCUCAACUGUGAGAACCCAAAGUGAACUGGUACAGGUGGU